UGACAGAGAUGACACCUCAGUGGACCAAAAGCAAACCCGUUUUGCUUCAUGUUGAGCUGAUAGAUCUCAACCUUUAACGCCGGAGAGUCUCUCUAACCAGAAACAGACUCUGAAACGACCUUCAAUUAUGCCGAGACUAACCUCAUCGUCACCUCAUAUUCCCAUCUUCUUCCUCUUCUACAUUCCUCGUCUCGUCUUCCUCUGCUACCUCUUCCAUGUUGCAGAGUUUCAAAUCCAAGAUCAAGAACAGCAAGUCCUGUUGAAACUGAGGCAAUCCUGGAAAGACCCAUCUUCCCUCACCCACUGGGUCGCCUCCAAUUCAUCCUCCCACUGCACAUGGCCCGAGAUCACAUGCCAAAAUGGCUCGAUCACCGAGCUCAAUCUUGUAUUCCUGAACAUAAAUUAUUCGAUCCCCCCAAUCAUCUGUGACCUCAAGAACCUGACCAAGCUCAAUGUCUCCAACAACAAUAUUCCUGGAGAGUUUCCAACAGUUCUCUACAACUGUUCCGAGCUCGUGUAUCUUGACCUGUCCCAGAAUUACUUCGAAGGUCCUAUUCCAUCCGACAUCGACCGGAUGGCUAAUCUUCAGGUCCUGAUCCUUGCCACCACCAGCUUCUCAUUCAACAUCCCAGCGUCCAUCGCAACGCUACGGAGGCUGAGGAUUCUUCACCUUUACAUGUCCGAGUACAAUGGCACUUACCCUGAAGAGAUUUUUGGCCUCUCCAAUCUCGAAGAACUGAGGCUUGAGUACAACAAGCAGUUUGUGCCGUUGCAGCUACCGCAGAACUUCACUGCCCUGAAGAAGCUGCGGUUCUUCUCGAUGGCGCCGACGAACCUGUAUGGUGGAAUCCCAGAGACGGUCGGUGAUAUGGAGGCUCUCGAGCAUUUGGAUUUGGGGAUGAAUAUGUUAACCGGAGAGAUACCGGGCAGCAUUUUUGCUCUGAGGAACUUAAGUGAGCUGUACGUGUACAUGACCAAUGUGGUCGGGUUGAUCCCUCAGGCCGUGAGCGCAGCGAACCUCAGCGUGAUCGAUCUGUCAGCCAAUAAUUUGGCGGGGACCAUACCUGAAGAUUUUGGGAAGCUCAAGAAUCUGUCCAACUUGAAUUUAGAGUUCAAUCAAUUGUCCGGUAGAAUCCCGGAAGGUAUUGGUCAUCUUCCUGCUUUGUCUGAUGUCAGGCUGUCCAACAACUAUUUGUCAGGCACGAUCCCCCUGGACUUCGGCAAGUUUUCUGCACUCGGAAGAUUCGAAGUGGCCUUCAACAACUUGACCGGCACAUUGCCGAAACAACUGUGCCACGGCGGCACACUGACCGGGUUGGCGGCUAUGGACAACAAUCUCAGCGGGGAGUUGCCGGAGUCACUUGGAAAUUGCAGUACUUUGUCCGCCGUUAUGUUGAACAACAAUGGAUUCACCGGCAAUGUGCCUGGUGGACUCUGGAUGUCGCCGAACUUAAUGGCUUUGAUCUUGAGUCGUAAUGGAUUAACUGGCGAACUUCCCUAGGAGCUGUCCCCAAACCUCACUCUGAUCGAGAUCAACAACAACAGAUUCUUUGGCGAGAUUCCGAGUACAGUGUCUUCGUGGAGGAACUUGCAGGUGAUUGAUGCCAGUAAUAACCUCCUCCGUGGCACGGUUCCGACUGAAUUGACCGAGCUGCCUUCUCUGAGGACGCUUUUGCUAGGUCAGAACGAGCUCUCUGGGAAUCUUCCCACAGCUAUCGUUUCGUGGAAAUCCUUGAAAACUCUGAAUCUUAGUCACAAUCAAUUCAUGGGACCGAUUCCUAGCGACUUCGGUUUUCUACCGGCACUCAUGGAGUUGGACCUGUCUGAAAACCAACUGUCCGGCUCGAUUCCUCCUGAAAUCGGCCUGCUCAAGCUGGUCCAUCUGAAUUUGUCCUCCAACCAUCUCAGCGGACAAGUCCCACUCGAGUUAGAGAACGCCCCAUUCGAGGCCAGUUUCCUGAACAACCCCGGCCUCUGUACAUCCUAUUCGUUCAUGAGGCUUAAUGUCUGCAAUUCCCAAUCCCAUAGAAAUCUCACCUUGAUCCUGAUCUUUACCAUUUCUGGGGCGAUGUUUGUUUCGUUGGCAGCACUACUCACAAUCAGAGCUUCCAUAAAGAAGAGGGAUGGGUUCGAUUCAUCUUGGAAACUGACUGCAUUCCAAAGGUUGAAUUUUGCGGGAUUGAAUAUUCCGUCGGAAUUGAAGGAUGAAAAUGUGAUUGGAAGUGGUGCAUCGGGAAAA